UCUGCAGCUUAAUAUGAACUCUGCUCCAACCUUCCUCCACUUCCCACCCAAAGGGAAACCUCGCCAAUCAGACACCUAUGAGCUGCAGGUCAGAGGGUUUUCUGCUGACCAGUUGGCUAGAUGGGUGGCAGACAGGACAGAUGUUCAAAUCCGUGUCAUUCGUCCACCCAACUACGCAGGACCUCUCUUGUUGGGCUUUCUCCUGGCUGUGAUUGGUGGAUUGGCAUAUCUACGAAGGAAUAAUUUGGAAUUUCUUUUUAACAAGAAUGUUUGGGCCUUUUCUGCACUGUGCUUUGCCUUGAUAAUGACUUCUGGCCAAAUGUGGAACCAUAUCAGAGGACCACCGUAUGCACACAAGAACCCCAACACUGGACAAGUGAGUUACAUCCAUGGGAGCACCCAAGCGCAGUUUGUGGCAGAGACGCACAUUGUUCUACUCUUCAGUAUCCUUCAUUUUUUCCCAUCUUAACAUUUUUGGCUUGCACUGAUUGCAAGGCUGAUAAUAUUUUAUUUGCUGUUUUCCUUUCUAAAACUGUUUGAUCUUCAUUCAACAGUGAAAUAUAUUUAGAAUAGCAAUUAGUUAUUAGACAAACAAGGAUUUUUUUUUUUUUUUUUACAAACUUCUACUCUUCCAGCUUUGUUAUAUCCCACAAAAUUGCAAAAUAUGGUAAUCUAUGCUCUGGUCAGGAAUUUAUUAAAGACUGUUUGGUAGACGGGGAGUCUGUAAGUGUGUUGCCGUGCACGAACCCCGCUCCAAACACCCCCACGCACCCUUUCUCUACUUCUUCUGAGAGGGUGCGAUGUGC